UGCUACACUCAUGUGUUCUCAAUUUAUGGACAGAGAACAGAAACAAUAUGUCAUCUAUUAGCAAGCAGCUGUCGUCCAUCACAUGUGCAGGCAGGAAGCCUUCUCCCUCUUUCACUGAGAUCAGACUGGUUUUGCUUGGGAAGACCGGCUGCGGAAAAAGCUCCACGGCCAACACCAUCUUGGGUCGUAAGGCCUUCGAAUCAAGGGUUAGCAGCUCGUCUGUCACCCUGCGUUGUCGCCGGGCCAGUGGAGAAUUUCGUGGGCGACACCUGAUGUUGCUGGACACCCCAGGGCUGCUGGACACUUCUCAGGCUCCACACGAGGUGCAGAGGGAGUUGAGGAGAAGCAUUAGCCUUCUGUAUCCCGGGCCCCAUGUCUUCCUCCUCGUCAUUAACAUUGGGAGGUUCAGUCAGGAGGAGAAGGAGGCGUUGCGGCAGAUCAAACAGGCGAUGGGAUCUCAGGCUCUGCUUUUCUCUGUGGUGGUUUUUACCCAUGGAGACCUUCUGGAGGAGGGGACAUCUGUGAAGCAGUGUCUGAUAGACAGGUGCAGGGACCUGGCCGAGCUGGUGGCCGAAUGCAGAGGCAGGUACUGUGUCUUCAACAACCAAAGCUCCAAGAGCAAGGAGCAGGUGUCUGAGCUGUUUGCCUUAGUGGACACCAUGAUGCAGGCGAAUGAAGGAUGCUACUACGCCAGCAAGAGUCUCCAAAAAGCUGAGGAGGAUCUGGCUCAGGAGCAGCAGCAGGAGCAGAGGCUACUGGAAGAGAGGGAGGCGCUGUUCAAAAAGAAACAGGAGGCUGUGCUGAAAGAGUGGUAUGAAAAAGAGCUGGAGGUUGUCCAGCAAAAAAACAUGAAGGAGCUAAGGGAGCUGAAGAGAAAACAGGAGCUGGAGAGGCAGAAUGAGGAGAAACUGGCGAGAGGUCGAGAGGAGGACUUUAGACGAGAGAUAGAGGAGAGUAACAAGAGGGAGAAGGAGAGGAAGAUACAAGAGAUGGUGAGAGUGAUGGAGAUACGUAGAGAGGAAGAGAGGAAGAGGGAAGCUCUCCAAGAAAAGCUGGACAAAGCCUCUAAAAUGCUGGAGGAGCACACUGAGCAGGAGGAGAAGAUGAGGAGAGCAAUGGAGGAGAAAAUGCAAAAAGACAAAAUGGAAAACCUGCUGAAAGAGCGUGAGAUGGAGGUUCAGCAGAUACAGAAGGAGCAGGCCAUCAGGCAGAGGGAGGAGAUGAAGAGAGACGCUCUGCAGACGGAGCUGGAAAAACUCAUUCAGAGAUUGGAGGAUCAGAGCAGGAAGGAGGAGGAAAGGAAAAAGCAGAUGGAGGACAUGCUCAGGCACGAGAAGGAAGAGAACCAGAGAGAACGGGACAUGCAGAUGGAGAAUCAGAGAGCGGAGAAAAGGAAAUGCGAGGCUCUGAAGCAGGAGCUGAAACUCAUUACAGUGCAGGUAGAGCAUCAAACGGCAAAGGAAGAGAGCCUGAAGAGACGGCUGGAGGAGAACCUGCAGAAGGAGAGAGAAAAGUACCACAGAGAAAUCGCAGUGUUGAGAAAGCAGUGCAGUAAGAAGUGUUUGGACAACGAGACAAACAACAUGAGGUCUGUGGAGAAACAAAGCAUGAUGUCAACUGCGACUGGGUACACUCACGAAAUGGGGCUGGUGGGGCUGAACGCAGCUUUAGAAAGUGUUGGAGCUUCCUGUUGCGUACAGUAACAGCAUGAACGUUUUGUAUUUAUCUUACAUUUACUCUCUCAGCUGCAUCUGUUUUGUGCAUGUUUGUUAAACUAUCAUCAUUCAUUUAAUGAUAAUUAAAUGUAAUAAUAAUAGUAAUAAUAAUAAAUGCAUAUUGGAUGCAACCAUUAACUCACAGUAAGGAAGACAAAGGAAAUGAAUGCCAUGUGAAAACAAUUUCAUUUCAAGAAAUGGAUGUAAUUCCAGUGUGUCCUAGAUCAGCAAAUGCACCAAAAUAGUACAAAUUGUGAAAAAAAUGAUGGGAGAUAAUCUGAUUAACAUCUCCCGCUCUCUGCUUGGGACUCUGUGUCUGUCUACAUCAUCUAAAUCUGUAUUCAAACACAACCUGUUGCCAUUAAUAAAGAUCAAAUAUAGCUUGAGUGCUA